GACAGUACAGACACAUGAAGGAUGCGCCUGGUAAUCUUCCAAAGUCUCUGCUCUACCAAACAGCCAUUAAAUUGAGAAUAAAUGCACUGAUAAUAAAUAGAACUAUAGUGAUGCAGAGGAUGGAAUAAAAAACUUGACUCAAGAUCAGUAAAUCAGAGACUAGUUAGUAGAAAGAGAUGAGAAGAUGGCAGAUGGAUUAGUUGAGGGAGUUUCAUUGGAUGAGGUUCGCUCAUUUCUAACCUUAGACAUCCCCUCAGUCCUCCCACAUGAAUUGACAGCACAAAUAUUCUGUUUGCUGUCCGCUAAAGAUUUAUGCUCAGCUUCAUUGUGUUCAAGGGUCUGGCGUGAGCGGUCAAAUAAUGACCAAAUCUGGCAUCGACUCUGUCGAGGUAAAGGUUGGCAACGCUAUAGUGAGGUUGUUGACCUUGCUCAUGAAGUCCCUUUCAGCCCAUCAUACACUGACAUUUCUAAGACCACUCCAACAUUUCACUCUGAUAGCAUCAUCGAUAAGUGCAAAGGCCUUACCCCAACAUGCCACUGGAAGCAGAUUUACAUGAGAGCGUGGCACUUGGAACAGAAUUGGCAUAGAGGGCGCUAUCGCAUCGCUCCAGUUCUGCGUAGGCAUCAGGAGAGAGUGACGUGUUUAGACAGCGACGGGAAAAUCCUCAUUAGUGGGAGUUUGGAUGGGACUGUGUGUGUAUGGGACCUUCUGACAUCGGCGUUUUUAUGUAGACUGGAUGGACAUACUGAUGCUGUAUCAUGCUUGAAGCUAAAGGAUGACAUCUGCGUGACGGGUUGUCAGGACACCCUCAUCCGUGUCUUUAAUCCUCACUCUGCGUGUUGUUUGAUGACACUUAACGGUCAUCAAGCUGGCGUUGAAUGCAUCUUUAUCGUAGGGGACACUAUUGUCAGUGCGUCCAACGACAAAUCAGUCAGAGUAUGGUCAUUAAGUGAAGGAAUCUGUACCCAGAUUCUCAGAGGUCAUACAGACGAUAUUGAAAGUUUGAAAUGCUUGGGUAAUUUAGUGGUGAGUACAUCCUGGGAUACUACUCUUAGAGUGUGGGAUAUCAGUAAGAAAGGGGAGUGUUUGCAUAUUUUAAAUGGACAUACGGAGGUCGUAUUCUGCUGUGAAUUCAAUGAGCGAAUCAUCGUAAGCGGGGGCGGAGACAGUGUGGUCAAGAUCUGGGACACGACGUCGGGGGCGUGCCUACGAACCCUGGAGGGUCACGAGGGGGAUGUCUACUGUCUGUGUUUUAAUGAUGACAUCAUCGCUUCCGGGUCAGCAGACAGUACGGUCAGACUUUGGUCGCACAGCGGGACUCGGCUGAGAGUCAUGCAAGAACACAUCGGUGUCGUGCGUUGUUUAUGUCUCCUUGGCAACAGGCUGGUAUCGGGCGGGGACCGUAAAAAAAUCGUGGUGUGGGACGCGACAAACGGAAACCUGUUAAAUGUUGUACAUCGCAAUCCUAGUCUGCUCCACAUCAUGUGGAUGAAUGAUACACGUCUGGUUACGGCCUCUCCCGAAUCACCAGGUACAUUGACUGUAAUGAGCUAUUGGUGACGAUUUGCAUUGUGGGAUUCUUUCUGAAAGGUCGUUCUUCCAUUCAAAUGUUGUGUAAAGUGGUGUGAUUAAAAAAUAUGGUGACUUUUAUCGUUCAAAGUGCAUGUUGAAUAGUACACAAUGAUUAUAUUUAACCUAAACUUUGUGUCCUUUAUCUCGAAGAUUAUUUUAUCUGUUCAGUGGUACUAUUUUAUCUUUUUGUUAGUUCUUCUUGCCUUUUUUACUAAAUUGUAAAUUAUGCAGGGUUUUUUUCAAUCUGUGAUAAAUAUCUGAAUAGAUCCGGGUUGUCACUAUGCCUUCUCAUUUAUGUUUUUUUACAAACUUUUCUGAACUUUGUAAAUGACCUUUGAUUCGUCAUGAAUGUCUUGGUAAGAGGUCUUACUACACCUUGUGUUAUUAUUAAAAUAUUAUGCAGUAGGUAUCUGUAAUGUACAAUGGCAGCUCAACAUUGAUGGUGUUGUUCAAAAAAAUCACCAUUCCAGGAUUUAUUAAGCAUUUUGAAACUGUUAUUUUAUGGAAUUGCUGUGGAUGUAGCAUAGAUGAUUUUUGUUUUACCCCUACAUGCUUAAAUGAAUCUGAGUAUACUCAAAUUUGUUUAAUACAAGGAGUGGGAGAAGAACAGCUGGUAUUGUACAGUUUAUGACUAAGGCCUAAGGAUAUUUCCACUGGACCACAGGCCCAAAGCUAGUCUUGGUUCAAGACUCUCCUGGAUUUGUUACAAGAGGGCGCGCUAUCAACCACGAACUGCUUUCACCCCAGGAACCGCUAUGAGUGAUAGCGGUUUGUGGUUGAUAGCUCGCCCUCUUGUGCCGAAUCCAGGAGAGUCUUGAACCAAGACUAGCCCAAGGCCAGUGGUUCUAGCAUCGGGCCAGUAAUGGCCAGUAAACUAAAGACUGAACCAGUUCCGCGUUCUUGUGUUUCUCCGUUGAAUCUUUAAACACGAUGCUCAGUAUCUGCAAUAAAAAUAUUUUGAAAUGAUA